AUUGCAGUACAAGCUAUACUGGCAAUCAGACACUAAACUCUUUAACAUCGACCGGCUAGAACGACGCCGAUCAGCAGCCACCCGGCCUGCCGCUUCGGACGCAAAGCCCAAACCGACCGACCAACCGAACGAGGCACCGCCAAACCGCUGUCGUCCGCCGCGUGGCGCCAAAAUAAGCCGGAUUUGAGCAAAUCCGAGGCGAGCGAGCGGGCGGCAAUAUAGGCAACCGGCCCGGCACCUCAGAGGGGAGCGGAGGCAACGGCAGCGCUGGAGAGUGGGGGGCUCUGUGAGUGCCGCCAGACGCGAGUGGAUAGCGAUCGCAUACGGACGUUUUAGGACUGUUCGCUCUUCGGACGCCAGUUUCAGCAGCUAUUUUGCAUUUAUCGCAGCGCUGAAGAAGCGGAAGUGCGUUGGUUUUUCUGUGAAUCACCGAGCAGACUUUCUCCAGCGCAGCAGGACGGUUCAUUGACUUUGCCGAAUUUUCUGGUGCCGAAAAGCAGCCAGGAUUACAAUGUGCUGCUGACAGAAAAUGUACCCAACUGGAAUGAACGCGGCGGCAGCAGCUGCGGCGGCGGCGGCCCGGCACCCGGGCCCGCCCCAGCCGGCACAGCCAUUCAAGUUUACCGUAUUAGAAACAUGUGACAGAAUCAAAGAAGAGUUCAACUUCCUGCAGGCCCAGUAUCACAACAUCAAGCUCGAGUGUGAGAAGCUGGCCAGCGAGAAAAUCGAAAUCCAACGCCACUACGUGAUGUACUACGAGAUGUCCUACGGGCUCAACGUUGAGAUGCACAAGCAGACUGAAAUCGCCAAGCGGCUCAACACACUCAUCGCACAGAUCUUGCCAUUUCUCUCUCAGGAGCACCAACAACAAGUAGCCACUGCAGUCGACAGGGCAAAACAAGUCACCAUGACAGAGCUGAACGCAAUCAUUGGGCAACAGCGCUCUGAACUUCCUCGUUUAUUGCAACAGAUGCACGCGCAGCAGCUACCCCACGCCGGCCACGCUCCCCCCAUCCCGAUGAUGCCUCACCCGGGGCUCCCGGGUCCCCCAUCAAGCGCCGCCAGCCUCCUGGGCCUUUCGGGCCUCUCCGGGGCUCCGGGCGCACACCCCCUCUCGAUGCUGGGCGCCAAGCCCGACCUGCACCGUGAGGACGUCAAAGCCAGCAGCGCCGGCAUUCAAGGCGCUGAAGAGCGACAUCGCAAUUCCAUUUCCCCUGCCGAAAGGGAAAAGUACAGACCGAGAAGCCCAGCAGAGGUAGAACACAAGAAGGUUAAGAAAGAGGAGAAAGACUGCCAUGCGAGUGAUGGGGAAAAGAGUGACCAAGAUCUGGUUGUCGACGACGCGAGCGAGGACCCCGUCUCUCCAGCCAACGGCACCGCAUCUCCCAGGGAAAACGGUCUGGACAAGUUGGCGCCCAAAAAGGAGCACGUAGGACCGCAUAGUCCACGCAGUGGCACCAGCUCAAAUGCCAGCACCCCGUCGACCAAGAAACUGGACGGCGAGAAGCCGACGACCCCAAUCUCAAAGUCGGUGACCCCGACGAGCGGGGGCAGCGGCAGCAGUGCUGCCGGCGGCAGUGGCCUCAAGCCCCUCGUCAAGCCACCACCCUUGGGUCAAUACCCUCCCUACCUGCCAGGGGCAGCUCCGCACGAUCUGCAGGCCGGCGCUUACGGUGCUCACCUCAACAAUUUGCCACCCACCCUGAACAACUACCAACGUCCCCCAAUUGUGGGCUUUGACCCCCAUCCUCAGAUGCGAGCGCCCCUGGGACCCGGCCUCGGCGGCAUUCCCGGCGGCAAGCCAGCCUACUCAUUCCACGUGAGCGCCGAGGGCCAGAUGCAGCCGGUGCCGUUUCCGCCGGACGCCCUCAUGGGGCCCGGCAUCCCGCGGCACGCGCGACAGAUCAACACGCUGACGCACGGCGAGGUCGUAUGCGCGGUCACCAUCAGCAACCCCACCAAGUACGUGUACACAGGCGGCAAGGGCUGCGUCAAGGUGUGGGACAUCAGCCAGCCGGGCAACAAGAGCCCAGUUUCGCAACUCGACUGCCUGCAACGAGAUAACUACAUUCGAUCGGUGAAACUGUUGCCCGACGGACGAACGCUUAUAGUGGGUGGAGAGGCGAGCAACCUGUCCAUUUGGGAUCUGGCCUCCCCAACGCCCCGUAUCAAGGCUGAGCUCACCUCCAGCGCUCCAGCGUGCUACGCCCUCGCCAUCAGCCCCGAUUCUAAGGUUUGCUUUAGCUGCUGUAGCGAUGGCAACAUUGCUGUCUGGGACCUGCAGAACCAGACAUUGGUCAGGCAGUUCCAGGGUCACACAGAUGGUGCCAGCUGUAUAGACAUCUCUGCUGAUGGAACAAAACUCUGGACAGGUGGUCUAGACAAUACGGUGCGCUCUUGGGACCUGCGUGAGGGACGUCAGCUGCAGCAGCACGACUUCACCUCGCAGAUUUUCUCGCUGGGCUACUGCCCCACAGGCGAGUGGCUAGCCGUCGGUAUGGAGAACUCAAAUGUUGAGGUGCUGCACUGCAACAAGCCCGACAAGUACCAACUGCACCUGCACGAGAGCUGCGUCCUCUCCCUCAAGUUCGCGGCAUGUGGAAAGUGGUUUGUCAGUACUGGCAAGGACAACUUGCUGAAUGCCUGGAGGACGCCCUACGGAGCCUCCAUUUUCCAAUCAAAGGAAUCUUCAUCGGUGCUGAGUUGUGAUAUAUCAGCUGAUGACAAGUACAUAGUGACAGGCUCAGGAGAUAAAAAGGCAACGGUGUACGAGGUCAUGUACUGACCUGCAAUGAUCUCAGUAUUCUAAUUAAUACCUCAAAAUUACCGCCUUCGAACUAUCUAGCCCAGCCCAUGUUAUGUCAAAAAGAUGUGUAAUAUUAAUAAAAAAGUAACAUUCUUACCUGAGAAAA